AUGGUGAAACGAUGCGUUGGUUGUCCCAACAAAGAGACUUCAUCUACGAAUAUAUCAUUUCAUCGAUUUCCAGCCGACAAAAAAUUACAACAAAGAUGGCUUGCAAUACUAAAUCGAACAGAUCUGACGGAUGUAUGCAACAAAAGGGUGUGUGCUGAUCAUUUUGAUUCCAGUUCAUUUGUGGAAACUCAAAGUAGCAGAAAAACUGGUGCUUUGAAAAAUACUAAACGACUGAAACAUGGCGUUCUACCUACGAAUUUAACUACAUCGGUUCGAAUAACUGGUUCAUCUACUUCCAUUGCUACUCAAACUGAUUUGGAUUUGAAUGGUUUAUCCGAUUUAUUUGAAAAAUUAUCAUUAUAUGAGCAGAAAUUAUUGAAUACAACUAUAUGUAUUGAACGCUUUCGCCACGAUGAUGUGAACAUUAGAUAUUUUACUGGCUUUCGAACUUAUACUCUUUUUAAAUUGGUUUUUGAACUAUUGGAGAGUCAAUAUGAUAAUCAUUUUCUUAUGUAUAAACAAUGUUCUGGUGGAAAUUUCUCAUGUUUACCAUCAGCAGAAGCACAGAAACUGAGCAAAGAAAACCAAUUUUUCCUGUUUAUGAUACGCUUACGUCGAGCAACUGAAGAAUAUGAACUAGGGAUAUUCUUUAAUAUAUCUCAAACUACAGUUAGUCGUCUUAUUAUCGCUUGGACCAGAUUUGUAUAUUCGGUCGUCAGUUCAAUUUCACUCUGGCCAUCGAAACAACAAGUGCAAGAAAAUCUUCCUUUUGAAAUGAAAAAAAACUAUCCGAACGUGCGAGUAAUAGUGGAUUGUACUGAAUUCGAACUUGAGCAACCAAGCAAUCCUCAAGCUCAACAGGAUACAUGGUCAACUUACAAGAAUACUAAUACAGCGAAGGCAUUAGUUGGUAUAACACCAAAUGGAAUAGUAUCUUAUAUAUCUCCUCUUUAUGGUGGUGCAACAUCUGAUCGUAGCCUAUUGAAUAUGACGGAUGCUGGAAGUCUUAUAGAGUUGUUGGAAGAUGGCGAUCAAAUAAUGUCAGACCGUGGUUUUGCUUUAGACCUGAAACAUACACAUUUAUCUCUUAUUCAUCCACCAUUUCUUCAAGGUAAAUCACAACUAGAACCGAAAAAUGUCGUGGAAACUCGUAUUAUUGCUCGCCAUCGAAUACAUGUUGAGCGUUGUAUGGGAAGAAUAAAAAAUUACAAAAUUCUUAAUGGUAUUAUUCCUAUGAAAUCUAUCUAUUUAUUAAACUUUUGGUUUUACACGUGCACAUUUCUCACAAUUUUUGAUGAACCUCUCGUCAAAAUUAUUUGAUAUUUAUUGUUUAAAUAAAUUUGUUAUUGAAUAAGAAUUAUUUUUGGAAAUGUUUACUGUCAUACUCUUGGUGAGAUAGCUGUGUC